AUGAAGGUCCCUAAUGCACCUCGCUGUAUAAGCGUGCUGGUGAAGGUCCCUGAUCUGCCUUGCUGUAUAAGCGUGCUGGUGAAGGUCCCUGAUGUACAUCGCUAUAAAGGCGUGCUGGUGAAGGUCCCUUAUGUACCUCGCUAUAAAAGCGUGCUGGUGAAGUUCCCGGUUCUACCUCGCUAUAAAAGCGUGCUGGUGAAGGUCCCUGAUCUACCUCCCAAUACAAGCGUGCUGGUGAAGGUCCCUGAUCUACCUCGCUGUACAAGCGUGUUGGUGAAGGUCCCUGAUCUACCUCGCUGUACAAGCGUGCUGGUAAAGGUCCCUUAUCUACCACGCUGUAAAAACGUGCUGAUGAAGGUCCCUGAUCUACCUCUCUGUAUAAGUGUGCUGAUGAAGGUCCCUGAUCUACCUCGCUGUACAAGCGUGCUCUUGAAGGUCCCUGAUCUACCUCGCUGUACAAGCGUGCUGGUGAAGGUCCCUGACCUAUUUCGCUGCACAAGCGUCCUGAUGAAGACCCUUGAUGUACCUCGCUGA